AUGGCCACCACAGCCAAUUCGACUUCGACCAACCCAGCUACUGUUUUUCCUCGCAGUCAUGUUGGCUUUGACAGUAUCACAUCUCAGAUUGAGCGGAAGCUCUUGAAGCGUGGCUUUCAGUUCAAUGUGAUGUGUGUUGGCCAGACAGGUCUCGGAAAGUCAACUCUGAUCAAUACCAUCUUUGCUUCCCAUUUGAUCGAUUCUAAGGGUCGUCUGACGCCCAACGAACCCGUUCGAUCGACCACAGAAAUCCAGACUGUCUCUCACAUCAUCGAGGAGAAUGGAGUACGCCUCAGGUUGAACAUUGUUGACACUCCGGGAUACGGCGAUCAAGUCAACAAUGACAGAUGUUGGGACCCCAUCGUGAAAUACAUCAAGGAUCAGCACUCAGCAUACCUUCGAAAGGAGCUUACUGCUCAGCGUGACCGCUAUAUCCAGGAUACUCGUAUCCAUUGCUGCUUGUUCUUCAUUCAGCCAUCUGGCCAUGCCCUCAAACCCAUUGACAUUGUCGUCUUGAAGAAACUCUCAGACGUUGUCAAUGUCGUUCCAGUUAUCGCCAAGGCAGACUCGCUCACUCUCGAGGAACGCCAGGCGUUCAAGGAGCGCAUCAAGGAAGAAUUCGCUUUCCACAAUCUGAAAAUGUACCCCUAUGAUAAUGACGAACUUGAUGACGAAGAGCGUGCGGUUAAUGCCCAAAUCAAGGACAUUAUUCCGUUCGCCGUUGUCGGCAGUGAGAAAACUAUUGUCGUUAAUGGUCAACAAGUUCGCGGCCGACAAAACCGCUGGGGUGUCAUCAAUGUCGAAGACGAAACCCACUGCGAAUUUGUUUAUUUGAGAAACUUUCUCACUCGCACUCACCUCCAAGACCUGAUUGAGACAACAAGCCAGAUUCACUACGAGACUUUCCGUGCGAAGCAGCUUCUGGCCUUGAAGGAGAGCAGCGCUGCGGGGGCACACUCUGCUGGCAGCCGGCCUAUUAGUCCUUCUGCCGACCGGGAACUCAGUCGCAACUCGCAACGGAUGACUAUGAAUGGCUAUUAG